CAUGUCUUAGUCAGCUUUUACUAGUCCCUUUUCCCAAAAAGAAAAUUGCAGUCUUUCUUCUUCUUCUUCUUCUUUGUUGUUUCUUGAUCCCCAGAAAACUCUAGAAAAUGAAAUCUUCAAUUUCAAUAAUGUUUCUUCAAAUCUUGGUUACCCUUUUUCUCCCAACUUUGAUUUUCUCCCUUAACCAAGAGGGUCUCUAUUUGCACAAUGUGAAGCUUGGAUUUGAUGACCCUGAUAAUGUUCUUUCCAACUGGAAUGAGCAUGAUGAUACACCAUGUAACUGGUUUGGUGUAUCAUGUGACCAAUUAACUCGCUCUGUUACAUCAUUGGACCUCUCUAAUGCUAAUGUUGCUGGUCCUUUUCCGACUCUGCUUUGUCGGUUGAAGAAACUUCGUUACAUUUCCUUGUACAACAACUCGGUUAAUACUACCCUUCCUGAAGAUUUUUCUGGCUGUGAAUCAGUCGAGCAUCUUGAUUUGGCUCAGAAUUACUUGGUGGGUACACUUCCGGCCAGUUUGUCUGAGCUCCCAAACUUGAAAUACCUUGACUUGUCGGGUAAUAACUUUACCGGCGACAUUCCGGUGAGUUUUGGUUCUUUCAAGCAGCUUGAAGUUCUUGGGCUAGUUGGAAACUUGCUUGACGGGACUAUACCGGCGUUUCUAGGGAAUAUUUCGACGUUGAAGCAGCUGAAUCUGUCGUACAACCCAUUUUCUACGGGUCGGAUCCCCGCGGAGCUGGGAAAUCUGACAAAUCUUGAGGUUUUGUGGCUUUCCGACUGUAAUUUAAUUGGUGAAGCUCCUGACACAUUGGGCCGCUUGAAGAAGAUUGUGGAUUUGGACCUUGCUGUUAACUACUUGGAUGGGCCGAUUCCGAGUUGGCUGACUGAGCUGACUAGUGCUGAACAAAUUGAGCUGUAUAACAACUCGUUUUCCGGCGAGUUACCGGUGAAUGGGUGGUCGAAUAUGACGGCGUUGAGGCGAAUCGACGUUUCGAUGAACCGGGUUACUGGUACGAUUCCGAGGGAGUUGUGUGAGCUGCCACUUGAGUCACUCAAUCUUUAUGAGAACCAAAUGUUUGGUGAAUUGCCACAAGGCAUUGCAAAUUCACCAAACUUGUAUGAGUUGCGCCUUUUUCACAACCGUUUUAAUGGGAGUUUACCUAAAGAUCUUGGAAAAAAUUCACCUUUGUUGUGGAUUGAUGUGUCAGAAAACGAUUUUUCAGGUGAAAUUCCAGAAAAUUUGUGUGGGAAAGGGUUGUUGGAGGAGCUUUUGAUGAUAGAUAACUUACUUUCUGGUGAAAUUCCGGCGAGUUUGAGUGAUUGCCGGAGCUUACUGCGAGUGAGAUUGGCUCACAACCAGUUAUCAGGUGAUGUUCCAGCGGGGUUCUGGGGUCUGCCACACCUUUCCCUGCUUGAGCUCAUGGACAAUUCACUCUCCGGUGAUAUCGCGAAAACUAUAGCCAGUGCUUCAAAUUUAUCAGCUUUGAUUUUGUCCAAGAACAAAUUUUCGGGUUCCAUUCCUGAGGAGAUUGGUUCUGUGGAAAAUCUUCUUGAUUUUGUGGGCAAUGAUAACCAGUUUUCUGGGCCUUUACCUGCAAGUCUGGUGAUUCUUGGACAAUUGGGAAGGCUGGAUCUUCAUAACAAUGAGUUAACUGGUAAGCUUCCAAGUGGGAUUCAUUCUUUGAAGAAAUUGAAUGAAUUGAACUUGGCAAACAAUGAUCUUUCUGGAGAUAUCCCCAAGGAGAUUGGGAGCUUGUCUGUUUUGAAUUAUCUUGAUCUAUCAGGGAACCAGUUUUCAGGGAAAAUCCCAGCGGAGUUGCAGAAUUUGAAGCUCAAUCAGCUGAACUUGUCAAAUAAUGACCUUUCGGGUUAUAUUCCCCCGGUUUAUGCAAAGGAAAUGUAUAAGAGUAGCUUUUUGGGGAAUGCUGGUCUAUGUGGAGACAUUGAGGGCUUGUGUGAAGGAACAGCUGAAGGUAAAACUGCUGGUUAUGUUUGGUUAUUGAGGUUACUCUUCACCCUUGCUGGAUUGGUGUUUGUUAUUGGGGUUGUUUGGUUCUACUGGAAGUACAAGAAUUUUAAGGAAGCUAAAAGGGCUAUUGAUAAGUCUAAAUGGACUUUGAUGUCGUUUCAUAAAUUGGGUUUCAAUGAGUAUGAAAUCUUGGAUGCUCUUGAUGAGGACAACUUAAUUGGCAGUGGCUCUUCUGGGAAGGUUUACAAGGUUGUUCUGAGCAAGGGUGACACUGUUGCGGUGAAGAAGAUUUUGAGAAGUGUGAAAAUAGUAGAUGAGAGUAGUGAUAUGGAGAAAGGUAGCAUUCAACAAGAUGGAUUUGAAGCGGAGGUUGAGACGUUGGGGAAGAUUCGACACAAGAACAUUGUUAAGCUAUGGUGUUGUUGUACAACUAGGGAUUGCAAACUUCUGGUCUAUGAGUAUAUGCCUAAUGGAAGCUUGGGUGAUUUGCUACACAGCAGCAAAAGUGGCCUUCUAGACUGGCCGAUGAGAUAUAAGAUAGCCAUGGAUGCAGCUGAGGGACUGUCUUACUUGCAUCAUGAUUGUGCUCCACCCAUUGUUCACAGAGAUGUUAAGUCAAACAACAUCUUGCUGGAUGGCGAGUUUGGUGCUCGUGUUGCUGAUUUUGGUGUUGCAAAGGCGGUCGAUGCCAAUGCCAAUGCCAAGGCAAUCAAGUCCAUGUCUGUUAUUGCAGGGUCUUGUGGUUACAUUGCUCCAGAAUAUGCAUACACACUGCGAGUGAACGAGAAGAGUGAUAUAUACAGCUUCGGUGUGGUCAUCCUAGAGCUUGUGACUGGGAAACGCCCUGUGGAUGCUGAGUUUGGGGAAAAGGAUCUGGUGAAAUGGGUGUGCAGUACAUUGGACCAAAAGGGCGUAGAUCAUGUAAUUGACCCUAAACUUGAUUCUUGUUUCAAGGAGGAGAUAUGCAAGGUCCUAAAUAUUGGCCUACUCUGCACUAGCCCUCUCCCAAUUAACCGACCCUCGAUGAGACGGAUCGUUAAAAUGUUGCAAGAAGUGGGUGGUGUGAACCAGCCCAAGGCUGCUUCAAAGGAUGGCAAGUUGACACCUUAUUACUAUGAAGAAGCAUCAGAUCAAGGAAGUGUAGCAUAAGGAUGGCUCAACAAAUUUUGUCCUUUUAACUUCUUUGUUCAUCUGCCAACUACUCAAUUCUUUCCCCAUAAGUUCCCACUAGAUGUUUGCUGUUGUGUUUGGGUUGAGGGGAAAGAAAGAAUUGAAGUUAAAUGAAAAAAGUGAGAACAAAAGAAUAUUAGGAAAAAGAAUAGAGUUGGAAGAAGCUUGUUUCUCAAUGUAAAUCCUCAUCCAGCCACCAAAAGUUAUUGCAGUAAGAACUACUAUCUGGCACUAAAAGAUCUUAAUUGUGCUACCUAUACUCUUUAUUUCCUUGACAAUGAUUUUUCUUUAUUCUCUGAGUCUAAUCAAGCAAAUUUUAAAGUUGGUUGUUGCAAUUGAACUACUCCUUUAAAUA